GAUUCGCUAGACUAGCAGAUGCAGGUUCACCAAAGUGAAAAGUUGCCGGUGGUACCUGUUCUUUCCCUCUCCUGCUUUCUUUCCUUUUUCCUCUCCUCUGUAUCAAGAACUGCAAGAAGAGUGUCACCCCGAUUAUUGUACCUCUCUUGUCAGCAUUCUCCCUCGAACAAAAAGUAGCAGAAAGGGAUAUCCCGCUGCCCACCCUCAUGCGUUGAUCCUGUCCUGUAACCUCACCACACGCUACCACGACACGGCGAAGAACCUCUCGACACGAGAUAGAAAGCGGGAAUUAACCGACAGUCGUGUCCCUUCCCGUAGCCAGCUCGGGAAAACAUACCAGACAAUAUGCAUCUCGCCCAGCACGCACCCGGCAUUCUGGGUGGCCUCCGCCGCGAUGCCAUGCAGCUCGACACCCAGACCAUUCCUCUAGACUCUGUUACCAGGACGCUACCAGUACCCGAAUCAGAGUCUGCCCUCGACGCCCUUCUUCUCGCCUGGGGUGCUCUCCUCCAAAGACAACGAGGCGACGACGACAGAGUAGAACAGUUCUCUUGGGGCCACAAGUCGCAAAGCUCACCAUCAGAGAUCUCCACCCGCUUUUCCCUCAAAGCCCUCGGUCUCGAAUUGACCAGGUCACGAUCAGAGUCUGUAUCAACCUUCCUCCAGGCCGUCAAGACUUCAACCGAGAACAUCGCCCGCCCAGGGCUCCUCUACCUCUUCUUCAAUGACGAGAAAGAGACCUCCUUUCCCCAAAAAGAGACGGCUGGACCAUCUCAAUUCGAUUUCCAACUCCGUGUCUCCAAGCAUGCUUCUGCCCUCACCCUCGAGGGCAUAUAUCCUACCACCGAAAAGCCCGACUCCCUCAACUCCCGGCAGGCCGGAGACAGACUCGAAACCCUAAUUCAACUUGUCAACAUCAUCACCACUCAGCCCGAAGCCCCCAUCUCGGCCCUCCUCGAGCCCCUCGGCCGUGACCUCGACCAAAUAUGGGCCUGGAACGCCGAAAUGCCCCCUCUGAUCGACCGGACGAUGCAAGACAUCAUCUCUGAGCAGGCCGCCGCUCGCCCGGACAAGAUUGCGCUUUCCUCGUGGGAUGGCCAAUGGACCUACGCCGAGCUCGAGCUCAUGUCUACCCGCCUGGCGCAUCACCUCGUUUCUCAGGGCAUCACAGUUGGUGUUAAUGUACCGCUAUGCUUCGAAAAGUGCCGGUGGACCAUCGUCGCUUUGUUAGCCAUCAUGAAGGCUGGUGGCGCAUUUGCCUUGACGGACCCAACAUCUCAGCCAGAGGGUAGACUGCGCGCCAUGGUGGAACAAACCGGCGGCAAGCUGGUCGUUGCCUCCGCCGCUCAGACUGAGCUGGCGAAACGUCUUGUUCCUGAAGAUGGCAGCCAGGUGGUAACGGUGAGCGAGGAGCUGUUCCAAUCUUUCUCCACCAUCGAGGGCGAGCUCCCCCCAUUGCCCACUAUUCCGACUGUCACCUCUCCUCUCUACAUCCAGUUCACCUCUGGCAGCACAGGCAAGCCCAAGGGUGUCGUUGUUUCUCACGCCAACUUCACCAGCGGUGCCAUUCCCCGUGCUGAGGCGGUGGGGUACAAGUCUUCUACCAAGUGCUUCGAGUUUGCCAGUUAUGCCUUCGAUGUCAGCAUUGAUUGCAUGCUCUGCACUCUGUCAGUCGGUGGUACCAUCUGCAUCCCCUCUGAUGCCGACCGCAUGAAUGACCUUGGCGGUGCCAUCAGGGCCAGUGGCGCCAACAUGGCGCACAUGACACCCAGUGUUGCACGAGUGCUCGAUCCCGCCGUGAUUGCUGAGCUUGACGUCUUGGGAUUGGGGGGUGAAGCCAUCUCGGCUUCUGAUGCGGCUGCGUGGAGCAAGGGCAAGACCAGCGUCAUUAUCGCGUAUGGUCCCUCCGAAUGCACUGUCGGCUGCACUGUCAACAACACCUUUGCCAAGAACAAGGACGAGCGCAAGGUGUUUACGACCGGAAACAUUGGCCGUGGUGUCGGCGGUGUAGGCUGGAUUGUCGACCCCGAGGACCACGACCGUCUGGUUCCUGUCGGAUCAGUCGGCGAGCUGCUGGUGGAAGGCCCCGUCGUCGGUCUUGGCUACUUGGGUGAGGCUGAGAAGACGGCUGAGGUGUUUAUUGAGGACCCUGUAUGGUUGGUUGCCGGACACAAAGAGAUCCCUGGCAGAACCGGCCGGCUCUACAAGACUGGUGAUCUUGUUCGGUACGAUGCUGAUGGGUCUGGUGACUUUGUCUUCAUCGGCCGCAAGGAUGCUCAAGUCAAGCUCCGUGGACAGCGUGUUGAGUUGGUCGAGAUUGAGCACCAUCUCCGGCACCACCUCCCAAGCCGUGUCAAGAUCGCUGCUGAGGUCAUCAAGCCUGCGGGUGCCGAGCCUACUUUGGUGGCCUUUUUGGCCGAGCCUCGCAGCAAGAGCGGCACUACCGAGGAAUGUGACGAAGCGGAGGCCACCUUCUCUGAUGAACUGACCAAGGCCCUGACCGGUAUCGAGGAAGCGCUUAGUGUCGAUCUUCCCCGGUACAUGGUCCCCGCGGCAUUCAUCCCUCUCCGCGACAUGCCAGUGCUGCCUUCUGCCAAGAUCGAUCGCAAGAAGCUUCGUGCGCUUGGUGGCGCCAUGACGCGCGAGCAGAUCACUGGCAGCGCCCGCAAGAACAAGAGCAGCGAAGGUGGUGCCCUUUCGACCGAGAUGGAGCGGAUGCUGGCUGCUGUGUGGAAGUCGUUGCUUGGGGACCAUACAGACAUCACUGUUAGCGACAGCUUCUUUGCUCUCGGCGGAGACUCUCUCAGGGCCAUGAGACUCGUUCCCGCUGCUCGCGCUGAAGGCAUUGUUCUGUCGGUUGCCGAUGUCUUCCGGUACCCUGUCCUCGGGGAUAUGGCUGUGGUUGCUAAGAAGGCAGAGGCUGGAAGCGGUGGUGCUGCUGCUGACGUCCCACCCUUCUCCCUGAUCGACAAGGCCUGGUCUGCUGAGGCGGCAAAGACCGAGGUCAGCCAGCUUUGCGAGGUUGACAAGGCCGAUAUCGAGGAUGUCUAUCCCUGCACACCGCUCCAAGAGGCCUUGAUGGCGCUCUCUGCCAAGGUCAAGGAGGCCUAUGUAGCCCAGCGUGUGCUCAAGAUGAACAAUGCCAAAGAUGCCAAGAAGUUGCAGACUGCCUUCGAGGCCAUCGCCGCCGACUCCGCCAUCCUCCGCACUCGUAUCGUUCAGGUGUCCGACUACGGUCUCAUGCAAGUCUUGAUCAGGGAGCCUAUCCAGUGGCGCACUGCGUCAUCGUUGGCCAGGUAUCUCGAGGACGACCGUGACGAGGAGAUGGGUCUCGACAAGAAGCUUGUUCGCUACGCCAUGAUCCGCGAGGGCGACGUCUAUCACUUUGUACUGACCAUGCACCACGCUCUCUACGACGGAUGGUCGAUGCCCCUGGUAGUUGACCGUGUCAACCAGGCCUACCAGGGUGUUGCUCCGAGAAAGCCAGCGGCCCAGUUCAAGCACUUCAUCGACUACCUCAACAACAGGCUUGAUCGUGCAGGAUGCGACACUUACUGGCGUGAGCAGCUCGACGGUGCGACGGGUGUUCAGUUCCCCCGUCUUCCCUUUGAGGGCUACCAGACCCAGGCCGACUCCCUCCUCGAAGUCGAUAUCAAGCUUGAUGGCCGGAAGCUCCCAUCGGUGCCCGGUGCCACCAUCACUCUUGCCAGCGUGGUUCGCGCGGCAUGGGCUCUGGUGGCCUCCCAGUACUGCAGCGGCAACAACGACAUGGUUUUCGGCGAGACACUGACUGGUCGCAAUGCCCCCAUCGUAGGCGUCGAAGAGAUCGAGGGUCCCAUGAUCACCACCGUUCCCGUGCGGGUCACCAUCAACCGCGAGUCGUCCGUCGAGCAGUAUCUUCAGACCAUUGCCGAGCAGAUUGUCGGUCAGAUCCCAUACGAACAUGCCGGUCUUCAGCACAUCCGCAAGUUGAGCGACGACGCCCUCCAGGCUUGCGAGCUGCGUACUGGUUUCGUGCUGCAUCCCGCAGCUGGCGAGGUCGAGGCUGACGACAAGACACCGGCCAACGGGUUGGUGCCGGCGGGCGAUGGCGAGGCGGCCCAGGAAGCUCUCAAGUUCAACACGUAUGCCCUCAUGUUGGUGUGCUCCCUUUCUUCCGAUGGCUUCUUCGUGAUGGCCAGUUUCGACUCCAAGACGGUCAGCAAGGACACGAUGGAGCGAGUGUUGGAGCAGCUCCGGACAGUGGUGCACCAGCUCUGCGAGGGCGAUGCGAAGGAGGUCAAGGUCGGUGACUUGCAGUGUCUGACGGAUGCUGACAGCAAAGAAGUUGAAGAUAUGAGCAAGAAGUUCAAGUUGGAGGGUGCUGACUUGGAUGCGCUUGGGUUGGAUCGGGCUGACAUUGCUGGUGCCUGGAUUGCUGAUGCAGCUGACCACACGCGCCCCUCCCCGCGUGGCGCUGUGGGUGAGCUGUUAGUGGAGACCACCAAGACCCUCAGCGCCCCUGCAGUCGCUGUGCAGACACCACCGCCGCUGUGGCUGAAGAGCACCACUGUCAACGGCGGCCAGAUCUACAGAACCGGACGACUUGCCAGCUUCGAGUUCAGCGUCGACACUCCUGUUCUUCGCGUGCUUCCCAAGUCGGCCCAGAUCAAGCCCGAUUUCACUGUCCCCAAGAAGAAGGCUGCUUCGUCUGGCCCUGCCAUCUCUGCUUCCUCUGCCAAGCAAAAGCUGCUCCGGGGCAUCUGGAGUCGUCUUCUCAAGGUCGAUGAGGACAAGAUCUUCCUUGGUGACAGCUUCUUCAACCGUGGUGGUGACUCGAUUGCCGCCAUGAAGCUCGUCUCCGAGGCCCGUCAGCAAGGAAUGCAGCUCAGCGUCGCGCAGGUCUUCGCCAACCGAACUCUGUAUGACAUGGCCAAUGUCAUGCAGCCAUCGCCCACUGUCAUCACCAACGUUCAAAGGGGCCAGGGCAGCAGCUCUCCCGCGAGCCCAUCCAGUCCCUCCAAGGCCGACUACCAGCCCUUCUCUCUCCUCUUGACCUCCUUCAUGCGUCGUAUGCAGAGAUCGCUGGCCGACAAGUCAUGGAAGAUCCUCGAUGUUCUCCCCACCAGACCUCUCCAGGAGAUUGCCGUCAGGGGUACCGUUGAGCUUCCUCGCUUCUCCAUCCGCUAUGAGCUCAUGCACUUUGAGGGCAUGGUCAACAAGAAGCAGCUCUUCCGUGCCUGCCAAGAGCUUGUCGCCAUCAACGAAGUCCUUCGCACCGUCUAUGUCCGCCUUGAUGAUGUCUGCUACAGCGUGGUGAUCGAGAACCCCUUCAUCGUCGACAUUGUCGAAUAUGAGAUUGACGGUGACGAUGUCGAGGAGUUUGCCGGCAAGGUCAGCAGACUCGAUGCCCAAACCAAGAUGCCUUAUGGUUCUUCCUUCGUCAAGUGGUUCUUUGUCACCAACGGCACCAAGAGCACCCUUGUCUUCCGUCUGUCCCACGCCCAGUACGAUGAGAUUUGCCUUCCCAUCUUCCUCAAUCAGCUCCAGCAGCUGUACCAGGACCCCAAGUCGGUCUCUCCAUCGUACCCCUUCUCCACCUUUGUCGACCACACCAUCCAAGAGGGCAUUCCCGCUGCCAUCCCCUACUGGCGCGACCUCCUUGCCGGUUCCGAGGGUGUUUCUCUCUUGAGACCCGACACCCCCAUCACCGACCGCCGCCACUUUGCCAUCCACAAGCCCGUCAACAUCGCCGCCCGCAGCCGCGACGUGACCGUAGCUACCCUUCCCUCCGCAGCCUGGGCUUUGACCUUUGCCCGUCUGCUCAAGGUCAAGGACGUGGUAUUCGGCGAAGUCGCCUCCGGCCGCAGCGUCGACAUACCCGGCAUCCCCGACGCCAACGCCAUCGCCGGCCCCUGCUGGCAGUACGUCCCCACCCGCGUCAAGUUCGACGGCGACGUCCCCAUCCGCACCGGCUACGACCUGCUCGAGGCCCUCCAGACCCAGCACAUGAUGACUUCUUCGCACGACUGCAUGGGUCUGGAGGAGAUUGUCCGGAACUGCACAGACUGGGAUCCUGAGGAGGUGACCUGGUUCGACACGGUCGUUCACCAGGAUGUGGCCCACGUCGAGACCUUGUCAUUCUUGGACCGCAAGGCCAAGUUUGAGACGCUGUAUGCGUACGAGGAGCCGUUGAGGGAGUGGAAGAUUCAGGCUUUCCAUGAUGGGGAUACCUUGACCAUUGAGGUUAUCACUUUUGAGUCGUGGAAGGAGGAGGCGGUGAAGUUGUUGGAUGAUGUUUGUGCUUCGUUGGAGCAGUUGGUGAACAGGCCUGGGGAGGAGUUGAACAUUGCAUAGGCGUUUUUUUUUCUUUUCUUUUCUUUUUCUUUGGCCAUGUUGGGUUACAGGGAUUUCUAGCUGUUGGCGGUAUAGUAUAGUCAAUCAGUUUGUGUAUAUUGUUUUUUUCUUGUACAUUAUUUCUGAAUGGUUGUGGUGGGCUGGUACAUAUCUUGUAUAGGAUUAUUUGGAAUAUGAAAUAGUAUUUGUCAAAACUCUAC